AUGGCGACGAGCUCAUCUAAUGUAGCCAUUGAAGGACUGAGGCCGCUUCUGAGUGAUAAGGAAGGUUUGGAUGACAUAGCUACAGAAAAAAUUGAGAAGUUGACCACUGAGUUGCAAGAGCAAGAGCAAGAGCAAGAUCAUGAGGAGUGUGAUCCGGUCGAGAGGAUUAAAGACAGGACACCAAUUGGGGACGAAUCACAACUAGCAGAAGGGCAGCACCCCAAGUUUCUGGUGUUUGCGUGCUCUGACUCCCGAGUUAGCCCCUCUCAUGUCCUCAACUUCAGGCUAGGGAAAGCCUUCAUGUGCAGGAACGUUGCUAACUCGAUUCCUGUAUUUAACCAGUUGAGAUACUCAGGAGUUGGUGCAGUCAUUGAAUAUGCAGUCAAGUAUCUUGAGGUGGAGAACAUCCUGGUUGAUUCGUGGAAUCAUGGUGUAUGUCCCGUUGAUUGGUGUUCAAUCAACUGGUGUACUCUGAUUUCAGUUCUCAGACAGGAGUAA